GUAGGGAAUUGUGUCAUUUUGGGUAAAAUAUCAUGACAUUUUGCAAUGUUUGGGGGUUUUCGAAGUCGUUACCAUGGUAUUUACAAGACUGAAAAAUAUUUAAAAAAAUAAGUUAAUUUAAUUCUUCACAGCUAUAUCAAAAUUGCAAAUGUUGCAUAGAUCACAAAUAUAUGUAGUAUAUAUUUUAGUAUAGGUAAUAUGUAAGGUUAGCUGUCUAUGUUUACAUAUCUAAAACAUGUGCCUUAUAUAGAAUUUGGUUUUUUUUUCUGUACAAGGAUACCAUAAAUCUUAUCCUCGUUUCCAUUUUUUAUGUUCUAGGUUUAGAUUAUCCACUUUUGUUAUUGUUUCACUUCUUCUGGGCAUUUCAUCUUUAAUCACUUAUUUUCUUUGGAUGUGUUCCCGCACCAGCAAUGACCAUAUCAAAUAUGUGGCGCAAGUAGAAACACCUGCGGAAUCAACAAUGGCAAAACUAGUAGAAACACCAUUGGAAUCAACAUUGUCAAAACCAGUGGAGACUCCAAUACGAGUGCAUUACUACAACCGACCCCCAUGGAUACCCAUGGAUAUAUUCUCUAAGUGUGACAACAAAUGUUACCUGACUGCAGGAGAAGGAAAUGCGUACACUGAAAGUGACGUGGUUGUAUUCCAUACCCCGUAUGUCACUGAAAAACAUCCCCCUAAGAAAAUGGGACAGAUAUGGGUAUUCCAUUCUUUAGAACCGCCAUGGAUUCAUUGGAUUAAAUUCAACAACUGGAAAAGUGUGUUUAAUUGGACAAUUAGCUACAGAAGAGAUGCCGAUAUCACAAAUCCCUAUGGUAUGUUUAGUAAAAGAAAAUAUAAUAAGAGCGUUCUAAAAAAGGAGUCAAAUGAGCUAUAUAAAACAUGGCUAAAUAAAUCAAAAGAUAUCGUGUGGAUGGUAUCCAAAUGUAAAACAAGCGGAAAUCGGGAUAUAUACGUUAAGGAAUUGAAAAAAGUGGCAACCGUGGAUGUUUAUGGAAAAUGUGGUACAAAAAAUUGUCCAAAAGAAAACACCACAAAAUGUUUGGAGCCUUACAGAUUUUACCUGUCAUUUGAAAACGAUAUUUGUGAAGAUUACAUCACCGAGAAGAGUUUUAAACUCUUCGAAUCUAAGGUAGUGACGCUACCUAUAAUUCGGAGUGGAUCAAACUUGUCCAUGUUCCUUCCUCCUGGUUCGUAUAUAGAUACAUCUACAUUUAAACAUAAAUUGGAUCUCGUUAAAUAUGUUAAAUCGUUGUCAAAACACAAAAUCAAAUUUAAAAAGUAUAUCCAAUGGCGAAAACAUUAUCAGCUUAAUGACGGUACGACUCAUUAUAUGGCCUUCUGUGAACUUUGCCGUCGGCUUCACCUAAAAGAUAUUCUUAAAUAUCAACGACUGUAUACCGAUAUUGGAGAAUGGCUUCGAGGGGAAAAUCCAAACGAAAGUCAUGUAAAUUAGCAAAUGACUUGCACUAAGAAACGAUAAAAUUGCUCUAACAUGA